CGAAGGAUAUAAAUUUAAUUUCAGAAUGAUCAUGGCACAACUACGUCGUAUGGAAGAGCGACAAAUUUCUAUUGAAGAUAAAAUAGAUAAAAAUGCGAAAGCCAUUAAACAGCUAAUGCAAAAAUCUGUAGUAAGCAGACCAGUGAAGCCACAGGGGAUUUUGUUUAGAACCGUAGAUGAUUUCUUGGCCUUUGAAGAAGUUAACGAAGAAAUUUAUAAUAAUUUAGUGGGAUACUUCGUUUAUCUUGGACGAGCCAAUCCAGUUGACUGCGCUGCAGAAAUUUUCGCAGCAAGUGGACCAGGGGGAUGUAAAUUGAGAGACAGUCGUUUCGCUCAAACAUGUCAAGACGCCAUAAAUGUCAACAAACAUUUCCCCAACCCCAACAACGUCGAAUUUUAUGAAGCUUUAGAGAAAGCUCUAAAAAGCCUUAAAACGAGAAAAUGGCGUUACAACAGAAAACGACAACCCUCUCUUCACAAAGAAAAUGAAGAAUUCCCACUAAAUCGACGCCGACGAAUGGAUACUCGGAAAGAUGACAUGGAAUUCGAGAACACCCAAGAGGAAGCUGACAAUGCCAACGAACCAGAAGAGUCCCAGUACACGGAGAGGGCUGAAAAUGCCGAUGAAAUGUCCACUCAGCGCAUGGAUGAGUCCGAGGAUGACAGCGAGGACACCCAAGAGGAAGCUGACGAUGUCAACGUACCAGAGGAAAGCCAGUGCAUGGAGGAAUUUGAAAACGUUGAGGAAACAUAUACGCAGAACACGGAUGAAAUAGAAGACAACAUCAAGGACAUGGAUGAAGCUGAGUACCCCGACGAAACCGAGGACAACUUGGAUGACAACUAUACCCUGGAGAAGACGGUACAGAACAAAGAUCUGCCAGUGCCAUUGAGAGAGCAGGAAAAUUUCAUGGAGGAUGAUCUAUACAGCGAGACUGGUGACAUAGUUCUUUUCAGCAGUCCACCAGACUAUUA